AUGGGGAGCGGAUCUUCCAAGAAAAAUCGACAACAAGUGAAUCAAACUCCUUCACCAGAUAUUUCGCUAUCUUGCACACCACCACUAUCACCAGUAGUGUUUCCUGAUUCUCAAAGAUCGACAAAUUUAUUAUUCCACUAUGCAAGGCCACCAUAUGAAACAUCUUAUUCCUCUACACAAGCGAUAAGUAGAACGUCUUGGGCUCGUCCAAUAUCGAGGGAAACACAAUCUAUCGAUUCCAGAGAUGAUAAUUAUGAUGUGGAAAGCUUAUGCAGCUCUGAUUCAUAUGAAGAGUCCGAUGAUGAUGGCAUGUCCCAUUUAGACACGAGAGCAUCAUCCGUCGCGGAAACUAUUCCAAGUCCACAACAUACGUUCAUAAAAUCUAUAGCCAUUACAACAUCGUUGCAAAUUUCACAGUGUUUCUUGAUAUCACUUGCAAAGGAAUUUGUUAAUUCGUUAAACUGGCAUAAAACGCUAUUUGAUGGCUCACAAGAUCGAUGUUAUUGUACUAAGUGUUAUCCAAUUUCAUGGAGUGAUGUCAUCUCAGGAGGUAAUGCUAAAUAUGUCAUACCACGUGGCUGGACUCGUUUAAGUCUUCGUGUCGAUCCUAUUCAUGAAGACGAGCAUGAUAUUUGGAAUAAGUGGAUAGUAACAUUUCAUGGAACUACAAAAACAGCUGCACGAUCAAUUCUUACUCAUCGACACUUCUAUUUACCAGGAGAUAAAUUAAUUGAUGGGACCAUAUUAGGUAUUAGAGACGGACAUAUUCCUAAUAAAAAAUUCAUUUUUACAUCACCCACUAUUGCUUAUUCAAGUUCGACAAUAUACGCUCCGAAUAAUGACUUUUUUUCGAGCAUGAAUAAUACCUUAUAUGAAGCGCAGAUUGUGCUUCAAUGUCGACAACAACCAAACUCAUUUAUAAUUCAAGGUGAAACAAUCGGAGCUGGCUCAAAACGUAUUUGUCCACAUAUUCCAAAUGAACGAAUUGAAUAUUACACUGAUAUAAGAUCCUCAAUUAUUGCCUACGGACUACUUGUACGAUUUCGCGAGAAAAGGCAAUAA